AUGCAAGACAUCACUCCCUCUGAUUCGGAACGUCUGCACAUCGACCGUCAACUAGAAGGCGGCCUCGACGAAAAAUGUUGCGUAGACUCGCGACGCCGCCGAAACAGCCUUGCACCGAUUUCUCGCCUGCCCCUCUGUCUCCUCACCGCCGUCUUCCUCUUUUUCCCCGCCACAGAUCCCGAAACCGACGACGACGACAACGUAAUCGACGACAACGACUUUCCUACUCUGCUUUCCAUCACUCACGUGUGCCAUUUCUGGCGCAAGGUUGCCCUUGAUUCUGCGCUGUUAUGGACGAACAUCAUGUUCUUACGGGGCCCACAAUGGAGGCAUGCUACCCUUCACCGCUCUAAAUCUGCUCCGUUAACCAUCUUGAUACAACCUCCAAUCCGAGUACUCGGUGACAAUGAGGCAGAUCGAUACUCUCGACUUGAGAACAACACCCGCACCGUCCUUCCUCAGCUUCAUCGGAUCAAGGUCCUCGAUGCAUUGAUCACACGCCGAAUUUUACCGGAGCUCAUUUCCAGCAUGCAACAAAUACCGCAGUUGCCUACCCUUGAAUCUUUCCGCCUUGACACGGACCUUGCAGACCGACUCGAUCUUCCCGAUAACCUUCUGUCGGGACGUUGUCCUCGCCUGCGCAACCUACAGCUUUCUGCCUGUACUUUUGCGUGGACGACCGGGAUGUUUCCCUCAGACUUGACCACACUGGAGCUAGUGAUUUGUCUGUAUCAAAAUCCAAGACCCACACCGCACGAAUUGUUCGCCAUUCUGCGUCAACUACCCUUUCUCCAGGUCUUCGAACUUUGUUACGAACCUGGUUGGGAGACUGAGGACGAUGGACUGUAUCGCGAGUGGUCGUUGAUGCCUCCAUAUCACCUCCCUGUCGACAUGCCCAACUUACUGCGUCUAUCAAUCGAGGAUGCGCCUUUGCCCUUGUCAAACCUUUUACAAUCGCUCAUCAUACCGGCGCAUGCGACGAUAAGGGUCGACUGUUCCUACACGCAUAGUCCUCGAUCAUUCAAGGACGAAAUGUCCACAUUACUUCGAACUAUCGUUGUGCGCCAUGAUCGAAUCCGAGCAGACCAUACCGGUUCCUCCCUCUCAAUGACAUGGUCUGCAGGAACCAAUGUCUUGGAAGACGCAAACAUGACUAUCGAAAUAGCUAUCAAGAUCCCGGGAGUUGACGAACCCCUGCGUUGUUUGGAAUUUUCGAUCAGCGCCAGUCAUUUCACCGAGUCGUUCAUUCGCGAAUAUCAAUUUGACCGCAUUAUGCAGUGGUCUUCAUCCGAACUACAAAUGGAGCAAGCCGUCUCUCUUUCCUUUCAGGGCAAUUUUGCAAUGAGUCCAGAUGUCGCGCGCGACCUUUUCAUGUCAAUGGGUCGUAUCCAGACCUUAGAGCUCAAGGACUCUAUGAUGUACAGAAUUCCUCACACACUGAACCACUUUCUUUGCGCCGACCGUGACAAUGCCGCCCCACCAGAACACCCUCCUACCACACCCUCCUUGCCCGCGCUUGUCACGCUCCAUCUGCAUAGGGUGAUCGACUAUGGACUCUAUCACACGGGUGGUGGCCACUACCAAGACAUGCCCACGAUUCACAAAGAAUUGGCUGACUUUUUCGAGUCGAGACAUGCUCUGUUUCCUGACUUGGGACCCGUCGAGAUCUUAUUCCAUGGUGCUGGUAUUGCCGACAACGAACUUCAAGAACUCGAGGCUGUGAAGGGCAUUCGAUGCGCGAGAAGAGGCGUGGAUACGUAG